AUGAGUUUCGUACCCGUCAACCCGCGGCCCAUGCUGCAAGAACUCGUCAACAAGCCCGUCUUCGUUCGCCUGAAGUGGGGUCAAGUCGAGUACAAAGGCACUCUCGUGUCCGUCGACAGCUACAUGAACCUUCAGCUAGCUGGUACCGAGGAAUAUGUUUCCGACAAGCCCACUGGAUUGCUGGGGCAAGUGUUGAUCAGAUGCAACAACGUGCUCUGGGUCCGCGGCGCAGACGAUUCCAAAGACGCUGCCAUGUCAGGUUAA